UCCUGUCCCUUGCCAGCACUUCAUGCCGAUCCAAAAUACAGUUCCCAGAACUGUCCCUACAUAUGUUAGCAAGAAGGCAGCUGUCUGCAUAUUUUUCUGCAAGAAAGUAUGGCAACUGAUGCGGCACUGAGCGCUGAGCCUGGGGUAAUGGAUGUCCUGAAGGGAAUGCUGUGAAGUGCAGCGCUGAGGGGCUUAAUCUGCCGACUGCCAGGGAGCAGGUUGUGCUUCCUGGCUCCGAGGGAGCUUGCAGACAAAACCCAGGACUGGAAGCAGGCAGAAUACCAGCCGCAGGACUGGGGUCGUGUGGUGCAGUGUCCUUCGUUACAGCAUCCUCACUGCAGGAACGGCGAGAUGGGAAAACUACAGUUCCCAUCACCCUUUUGUGCAUGUCCCUGCGAAACUACAGUUCCCAGAACCUUUUAAUGAGCCAGAGAGGAUGUCUGUGGAAAUAAAUGCCGACGAUAUUUGCAUAACGCCCUGCAUCUCCGGAGUGCUGACCGGCCCAUGGUCUGUGAAAACGGGAACAGGGGAAAAGCCAGGAAGUGUCAGCCCUGUGGAGCUGUGGCUUUGCCCAACCCAAUAGCCGCCGUGAUAUCCUCCAGCACCGAGCAACCUUCCUCCUCCCAGGACACCCUUGGUAGUCACAGGGAAGAUCCUGGUCCCCGAGAAACACGGCUGCUGCGGAGGGAGAGGCAGAUAAACUACAGAUCCCGGCAUUCUCCGACAGGCAGCACCUGCGGCAGUCCCUGCACGCCGUGGGGGAGGUGGGGGCAGACCCUGUGUCGGGAGCAGAAAUCUUUCCUGUGUCGCUUGUGCCAGGGCGAGGAGCUGCAGUCGGACCGGGAUGAAACUGGUGCAUACCUAAUAGAUCGGGACCCCACUUACUUUGGACCGAUUCUGAAUUUCCUCCGUCAUGGGAAGCUGGUCUUGGAUAAAGAUAUGGCUGAAGAGGGGAUCCUUGAAGAAGCUGAGUUCUAUAACAUUGGUCCUUUGAUCCGAAUAAUCAAGGAUCGAAUGGAGGAGAAGGACUACACAGUAGCACAGGUGCCUCCUAAGCAUGUCUACCGUGUGCUGCAGUGCCAGGAAGAGGAGCUCACUCAGAUGGUUUCCACAAUGUCAGAUGGAUGGCGCUUUGAGCAGCUUGUGAACAUUGGCUCAUCCUAUAAUUAUGGGAAUGAGGAUCAGACAGAAUUCCUGUGCGUGGUCUCCAAGGAGUUGUACAACUCUCCCAAUGGUGUGGGCUCUGAGCCCAGCCACAAAGCCAAGACUGUCCAUCUAUUCGGGAUUGUGCUAAACUCUCUUCAUGUGGACCCUCCCUCCUGCUCCCUUCCGUGUCCAUCCCAGCACUGUCAUCUACCUCCCACAUUGCCCCACUCGCCAGCCUCCAGCAUCCUUCCCUCUGCUCUCUUUGUCCCUCAGGGCUCAGAGUGGUCUCUGCCCGGGGCCCUGUCUCUCUCUGCUCCUCACUUUUCCUCCUCUGCAGUGUAUGGCAGCCCCUUCUCCCACAGUGACGCCCCCAGCGCCCUUCACUCUUCACAUGCAGCCAUUUUUUUUACAAACUCACUUCGGAGGCCUGAGCUUCCAGACCUGGAGGUGGGCAGAUGCUCCAUGGAGCCCCUGAGCUGCUGUAGGAGCGGGAGCCCGCAGCCCCCUCCUAUGCCUGGCAAUCUGGCUUUCCUUAAUGUCACAGUGGCCCCUGGUGGGGACAUCAGCGAUCAGCCACUGCAGCCUGCGGUCCCUUCCUGAGCACCCUGGAUGCAAAUGUGGGCCGAGGUGGUGGCGGCUGUGGAAGGACCAGCCCUUGCCCUUUCACUGUUGCAGGCAACUGGUGUGGGCUUGUGGCCUGGGGACAAAUGCAGAGCCACCGUCCUUUUGUGGGCCGCCUGUAUCACUCGGAGGUGUCCCUGUGCUGGGUAUCACGUUCCUUGGUGCCUCCCUCCCUGUCCCCCCCAAAGCAGCUCUGUGCCAGCAGUGUGAGGAGGAGAAUGGUGUGCUGCCUGGGUACCAGGAACAUGCUGGUACCUGGUGUUGUGUCAGCCAGCACCAAGCAGAUCCCAGUUUUGGGGAGCGGGGUGUUUGCUUCACUGCUGUGUCUGAAGACUCCUGAAUAAAAUUCACAGUCUGUUCCUC